AUGCAGGUGCUCAGUAUAAAGAGUGCGCCUAGCUUGCGACAGGGUUAUAUGCAGCUAAGCACCCAAUUGAAUCCACAAUAUAUGCGGGCUAUGGCCGCCUAUCGCCGGCUGGAACGCAGUGUGCCACGCGAGGAGCUCCGAGCUCUGACCACCAUCGGCCUUCUGAACGGCGCCCGUCAAGCUGAGCAGCAAAUGGAACAGCAUUUGGUGAAUGUGAUCAAAGAAUUGCUCGAGCAGACUGCAGGCAGUUCAAAUAGUGUCCAGGUGCUGCCGAAGAUCGAUGAGAUCGAGCAGCAACUGGUUCGUGACCAACGCGCUCUGCAAAUACUCGAAAGUGCCAUGGACCUAGUGAGCAGUGCCAAGGACGAGCGCACCUUUCGCGAGGAGAUGCGUGAGGCACUGCAGCAGCAACGGGUCGAAGAGUUGCAGGCCCAACAGCUCUCAGCCGAUAUCACACAGGCCCCCCACCUGGGGGAGCGCUUGGCUAAGCUGCGUAGGCACAUUAUGGAGAAAGUACCAACCAUGAAAACGCAGCUGGAGUCGAAAAUCGAGAAAACCUUGGAGCAUUUAAUUGAAGAGGCAGCGACGGAUGGAUUGCUGGCCAAGGCAAGUCACAAGGUGUUGCGGAAACGCGAUGCAAAGACUGAGCUCAAGGAUCUUGAGAACGGGGAAGAAGACUUCGCCAAGACUGAGGAGGCGCGACCCGCCGAAGUACGUAUGAUUAAGUCCAUAUUGUCGGAGGCCAACGACCUGCGCGUUCAGCAUGAUUUUAGAGAGAACUUGGUGCUGGAGCAGUACGAGAGGCGCCCGGAACGGCAAGUGAACUCCAAGAAGGCAACAAAGAGCGCUCUGGAAGAGGACGAUAACGAUAACGAGAAUGAGAACGAGUUGGAUGAGUUUGCGUUGGAUUUUAAUGUGAGUAUGGCUCAAUGGGCAGGCAAUGUUACAGUCACGAGUAAUGCCACCAAGCAAGGCAAGCAGGAGGAUGAAUCAGCGGAGCUCACGCCAACGGAUAUUGAUAACGAUGGCGGAGGCGGAGGAGGUGGCGGCGGACUGGUCGGAAUUAUUGGCAGCCUAAGCGGAGGCGAGGGCGGCUCAGAUGUGGGCGCUUUGAUUGGCGCACUGACGGGUGUCAUAUCGACGCUCUUUGGCCCCGGUGGCCUGGACAUUGAGUCUCUCAUCAGCACAGCGACGUCGCUGUUAGCGGGCCUGCUGUCGGGAAAUCAAAAUUUUGGCACUGUGUUGGGUCAAUAUGUUAGCACGGCUCUGGAUGGUCUAUCUGGCGGCGGUGGUGCGAUCAACAAUGGACAGUUUCUGGGCAACUUUCUGGGCACGAUUGUGGCAUCAUUGAGCGCAGAUCCUGAGGAAGAGGGCCCCAUACAGCCACUGGUAUUUGCGCAAAAUCUGUUGAGCAGUUUUCUCGAAGCGAAAAAUCGUCCUCCAUCCGCGGAGAACUCGGCGGAGCGUCAUGGAAGCGCUGAGUUGCCGGCGCGGCAGAAAAAGAAAGAAGCCACUGGAUUAGGUGGUGGCGGCUCGGAUUCGGGCAGUUUUGUCAAACAAAUCGUGUCACAUUUGGUGAGCAGCGCCUUAGGGCUGUUGCUCAAUGCAUCGCUGGGUGCCUCGGGAGGUGCCUCACAUGCCUCAUCCGGCCUCUUUUCGAGCAGCAGCGCGGCCAGCCAUCACAUGAAACCGGCACACAGAUCGUGGACGUUCGAGUAG